UUAUUAUUUUGGAUGGUAGCACAUGGGAUCAUGUCCAUGUGUUAAUUAAAGUUGUCAAAUGGGGUUAACGAAGCAAUAUCUACGAUACGUACCCGGACCAGUUCUUGGUCUCGUCGGGGGACAGAAGUCAAACGUAGUGUUCCUGGACAUCAAAGGCGUGAAAGGGAAAUACUGUGCCGUAGGAGCUUGUGAGAACGUGCUGGUAUGGGAUCUAAGAACGGGAGAAAAGCACCUAGAGCUACAGGGAGAGAAGGGGGAGGUCACUCAGAUAGCAAAAUCUCCCGACAAGAGACAUGUCGCAGUUGGAUACAGUGAUGGACUGGUAAAGGUGUUUGACCUUCAUGGAGGGGAGGUCAAGGUCAACUUCAGCGGCCACAAGUCUGCUGUCACAGCUCUAAGUUAUGAUCAUCAAGGACUCAGGCUUGUCUCUGGGGCAAAGGAUACAGAUGUAAUUGUAUGGGACAUUGUGAAUGAAUCUGGUCUGUUCAGACUGAAAGGACACAAAGGGCAAAUAACUCAGGUUGUCUUCCUGAAAGACAAGAAUGUCAUUGUUUCAAGCUCCAAAGACACUUUUAUCAAGUUCUGGGAUCUUGAUACACAACACUGCUUCAAAACGUUAGUGGGUCACAGAAGUGAGAUCUAUGACUUUGUGAUCGUAAGGAAUGGUCAACGCCUGAUCACUGGCUCUGCAGACAGUGAACUACGAGUGUGGGAUAUUGAAUACAUUGACAGUUUGAAACUGGAAGAAGAUGCAGAGCCUGCUUUUAAAAGAAUGAAGAUGGAAAGUGAAGAGGAAGGUGAAGAUGAGGAAGAGGAGGAUGAAGAUCUGCAUAUAUUGAAGUGCACAAAGGUUGGCUCUGUGAUGCGACAAGGAAGAGAUCGUCUGGUCUCCAUGACAACAGACACUGGUGGUUCUGUGCUGGUUUGUCAUGGAAGCAACAAAUAUUUGGAAGUAUUUAAAUUGCCAUCGAUAGAAAAUCUUAAAAAGCAUUUGGCCAAAAGACAGAAGAAAUUAAGAAAGAAAGCAAGGGACUCUGGGACAGAAGAAGUUGGAGAGGCAUUAAUUACAGUGAAAGAUGAAAUUGUACAAAAUGGUCUUUACAAGAUGGCAGCCAAUAUUGUAUCCGUGGACACUGUGAAAAUCGUUUGGAUCUGUUUCAAAGAGAAAGGAGUCGCCAAUAAGAUUACGACAUGA